AUGACUGAUGUCACAGAAUCCCGGAGAUGUUUCCGUUGUUGCGUUUUAUUUAACACUGACGAUGAGUUUUGGCAUCACAUUCUAAAUGUGGAUUGUGAUGAUUCAAUAAGUGCCACCGCGGUUCAGACUUCGUUGCCGGGUAGUAUACACCCAAACGAUGAAUCACAAUCGGUAUGUGCAUCAGUCAGUAGCUCUUAUGUUGGUGGUCUUCGUGAUGAGAAUUUUCAGGCAAAAGAAGAUUUCCAAAUGAAGUCCACUUCGCCAGAACACCAGUGUAAAAUAGAUUCAUCUCCUGGGGCACUUGGAAGAAGUACAGAUACACCUGUGUUGAGUACCGAGUCAUCCUUAUUCUGUGAUGUUUGUCAAGUACCAUUUACAUCGAUUAAAAAUAAAGAAGAGCAUGAGAAUGGUAAAAUGCAUAAAAAGCAAAUUGUGUUGAAGUCAAAAUGCAGUAGUCAAUUGAAUAUCAGUCAGUCAUCAAGCGUUAUUGAUGACGUACAAGAAGGUUUGUCAAAGAUUCACAUUCACUGGCCACGAGCAACCCAGAGUUUUAUGAACACCAACUCACCUGUCAACGAAACUGUUGAUACCGAGCAACAACCCACAAUGCGAAAUAGUGGUCAAGAAGAAAUCAUCCGUCUCCUACGUCGAUUGUGCCUGACGGAAAUAUUAAUCCUACUUCGUGAUCUGGAUGGUAAUCCACAUAUCAGUUCAGGAAAUGAUUCACCUGAAACAGAACCGACAUCCAGUAUUAAUGAACGAGAUCUAAUCGAAAUGAUGAGAACUAUCUGUCGUGAGGAGUUGCGUGAAAUCCUACCGGCAGCUUUACAACAUGCUUCUCACCAGUCCAGAAAUGUCAACACGUAGUCUGGUUGUCAACUGCAGGGAAGUAAACCUCCUUCAAUUAUGU